AGAGGAAAACAAGAAAAAAAUAUUCUGAACCAAUGGACUGCAGACAUAGUACAGGAGAUGACCAGAGACUGCGGACACAUAGUACAGGAGAUGACCAGAGACUGCGGACAUAUUACAGGAGAUGACCAGAGACUGCGGACACAGCACAGGAGAUGACCAGAGGCUGCGGACAGUACAGGAGAUGACCAGAGACUGCGGACAUAGUACAGGAGAUGACCAGAGACUGCGGACACAGUACAGGAGAUGACCAGAGACUGCGGACACAGUACAGGAGAUGACCAGAGACUGCGG